AUGGCCGCCCCUCAAGUUCACCACCUCUUCCACCACCCAAUCGCCGAUCACUCCUUCUCUGCCGAUCGCAAGACGCUCGCUGUUGCUAGAGAUAACACGGUCGAGCUGUACUCUUCCAAUGGCUCCCGCUUCGCCUUGAACGACGAGCUGCGUGGCCACGACAAGCUCAUCACCGGUGUCGACAUUGCUCCCAACUCGGGCAAGAUUGUCACUUGCUCUCAAGACCGCAACGCAUACGUCUGGGAGCCAUCCAACGGCUCCUGGAGACCCACCCUGGUCCUUCUCCGUAUCAACAGAGCUGCCACAUGCGUGCGCUGGUCGCCCAACGAGACCAAGUUUGCCGUCGGUAGUGGUGCCAGAGUUGCUGCCAUCUGCUACUUUGAAGAAGAGAACGAUUGGUGGGUGUCCAAGCACCUCAAGAAGCCCCUUCGCAGCACUGUUACCAGCGUCGCCUGGCACCCCAACAGUGUUUUGGUUGCUUUGGGUAGCACCGACGGCCAUGCUCGUGUCCUCAGUGCCUUCAUCAAGGGUGUCGACGAGAGACCGGCACCCUCAGUUUGGGGCGAGCGUCUGCCCUUCAACACCAUUUGUGGAGAGUUCUUGAACCAGACCGCCGGCUGGGUCAAGAGCGUUGCCUUCAGCCCCUCUGGAGAUGCUGUUGCCUUUGUCAGUCACGACUCGACCAUGACUGUUGCUUACCCUGCCGGAGAAGGACAGCCUCCACAUGCAGUCAUCAACAUCAGCACCCAGGUCCUUCCCUUCGCUGAUCUUCUAUGGAUCUCCGAGGGCGAGAUCGUUUGUGCCGGCUACGACUGCGAACCCUUCCGUUUCUCAGGCUCAGCAUCUGGGUGGUCGCUUGUCGGCUCUCUUGACAGCACCUCAAAGUCUGGCGCAGCGAACCAACGCGACGAGUCUGCUCUCAAUAUGUUCAGGCAGAUGGACCUCCGUGGCAAAGUCAUUGAUGACACACAACUCAAGACUGUCCACCAGAAUUCUAUUAGCACUGUCCGCGCAUAUGCUGGUUCCCCCGAUGCCGUCCGCCAGAUAAGUACCAGCGGUGUCGACGGCCGUGUUGUCGUCUGGAACCUGUAA